ACGACAAAUUUUCGAAUAUGGCUGAAAUAACGGAUUUUGGCCCAAGAAAAACGAUUUUUAUUCUAGCCAUUGUGGCAGGGUGCUUCGCGGUUUUGUGGCCGAAAAUUUUCUAUCCUAUGCUCACAGCAUCUGUCACUCCACAUCAUACAUCCGAUAGUUCUGCAUGCUGUGACGUAAUAUUUGAAAGCGAUGUGACUGCUGCCGAUAUUGUGUACGAAAUAUGUCAGAACAUAUUAAAACAUCAUCAGAUUGAUCCACGUGUAAGAGAUGCUUUAAGAACAGUAAAAUUGACUCCACAAAGUGCAAGUCUAUGUAAAGAAGAAAUUUUAGCAAGAUGUGGCAUAGAUCUGUCUACUUUUCUUGCCGAAAGGGAACGUUUGGGAAAGUCUUAUAAACAAGUUUUGGAAGAAAUCAGAUCAUUUAAUAGUUCCUUAUGCCUCAAAAUGUAUUUUGGUAUACCUCUUUCUCAACUAGGAAUACCGCAUCUGAUAAGAUAUCAUAUUUUAAUGCCUCACAGUACUCUUAGACAAGAACGACGUACACCGCCUCAUGCAGGAGGUUUGCAUCCUGCGUUGAGAGAGCGUGGUAGAGCUAUACCUUCCUCUCACAUUGUACCCAAAGUAACAGACAGACCCGAUCACGUUGUGCCAAAAAUGAGACCACCUUUGGGUGGUGCAGGACACGUUGUUUCUGCACCAAAAGGAAAUGGUACCAUGGGAAUCAUUAUGCCAUUGUAUACCUUAGGCAUUGUACUGUUCUUUUUGUAUACAAUUGUUAAGGUUCUAAAAAAAAAUUCGGAUAGUGAAAUCAUUUCAGAGUAUCCAGGAGUUGCAGCAGAAAAGGAGUUCCGAAAGAUGGUAUUUAGUCCCGAAGCUUUUGCCAGUGCAAUGACCGGGGGCACGAUGCAUUAUCAAAGGGAAAGAUCAUCGUCACCUGAUAGGCCUACACCUACCAUAGAGGAGCUAAAAGAUCUAGAUGGGCCUCCAAAGUCCAAAGGCUUGGCAGGGGUCGAUCGCUCGUUUAAGAACGAUGCUGUUGCCCAGGCUGAUUAUAGUAACACAGACGAAGAAAUAGAAAAUAUAGAACAUUCACCGACCGUUAAAGUCAUGGGUAUGGAAAUGACAGCUAGUUGUGAGGGUAAAGGUAGUAGACCUACUACUCCUAUAAUACCUAUUUCACCUAGUCACGUUGAAAGGGAGAAAACACCGCCAGUGCCAAUAUAUUUAGAAGGUGCACUUCCACCACAGUGCGAAUUACUUGUAACAGAUUCAGAAACACAGGCACAAAAGCCCGAAGAGGACGUGGAAGCACCUGUUGUACUUUCAGGCAAAAUGACCCUUUCCCUCAUCAGUCUCGACCAAAAUGCAGCUGAAUAUGAAGAAGAAAAUCAAGAUUUACUGGAGGCAGAAGAUGUCACAAUUUUAAAUGUGGAAAACCGGAAAAUAGUGCCAAAUGUUGAAAUAAUUGAUGGCAAAGAAACG